CAGGCGCGGCGGCCAGUGCGGCGCUGAUCAAGGAGCUCAAGGACCGGGUGCGGGAGUUCGUGCAGGACCUGCUGGUGAUGGAGAACUGCUUCUACGACCGGCCCGUGGCGCGCAUCUACGACCUCAAGGGCAGCGAGCGCAACCGCUUCAACGCGGACGCAGCCAGCAGACCCGAGGACCGGCUGGAGGUUCACCUGGAUGACAACCUGCGCCGCUCCAUGCACACGGCGCCCAUCUUCGUGGACGCGCGCAGCCGGGCCGCCAUGGAGGCGGCGGUGUGGGCUGACAGCGGCUUCCUGGCGGCUCAGGACGUGAUGGACUACUCGCUGCUGGUGGGGGUGGACCGCGAGAACGGGGUGCUGGCGCUGGCAAUCAUUGACUUCAUACGCCAGUACACGUGGGACAAGCAGUUGGAGACGUGGGUGAAGAGCAGCGGCAUGCUGGGCGGCAACGGCAAGGAGCCCACCAUCAUCUCGCCCAAGCAGUACAUGCGCCGCUUCCGAGCCGCCAUGCAGCAGUACUUCACCGCGGUGCCGGGGUCGGCGGGGGCGGAGGUGCCGCGGGAC